AUUAGUUAAAAUUAAUUAAAAUAAGUAAUAAAUCUUAAUUUAUCUACAAAGUCAAUCCAAUAUUCUAUUUUAGAAAACAUGAAACAUUAAAUUAAAAAAUUGGAUUUAUCAAAAAUAUAAACAUAUUAAAAUGGUUUAUAGUAAUCUUACCAUUAGUAGAAAAGCUAAAAAAAAACUAUCAAUCAAGACCAUACUUGUCUUACUGAUAGAUAGAAAGAUAUGCCAUUCAAUAAAAAUAAUGAAUCAGCUAUACUUUCGAAUAUCAAAUCAUAAGAUGAUAAAAGCAUUAAAAAUAUAAUUAAAUAAUAUAAGAGUAUCAUAUCUCCUGAAUCCAAACUUAGCACAGAAUUAAAAAAUUAGAUUUUAUUAGGAAUUAGAUAGCAUUUAAAAGAAUAGAUUGAAAUGUGUAAUUAAAUGAGCAAAGUCAAAAAAGUUUUUAAGCUAGAAGUAUAAUUAUCAAAGAAUAAGCAUGGAGAUGCUUAAGAUUUGCUUGAGUCAUCAAGAAAAGCUAAAUAAAUGGUUUCAGAUUAUUAUAGUUUUUAUGUAGAAUAUGCUAACAAGAAUUACCAAAAACCAAGGCCCUCUGUAUGUGCAACUUCUAGAAAAAAUUCUCCUUAAAAAUAUAUAACAUAAGAUGAGUUAUUAAUGAAUGGCAAUUAAUCUAGUCGCUCAAAACGAAGCUAGAGACUUGAAUAUAUUUAGCCAAAACCUGUAUCUAUUUUUUCUAUAAUAUGUUCAAUAUAAAAAGAUAAUAAAAAAAUGAAAGAAAUUAUUCAAUUAAUGAAAGAUAAUAUUAAAGAUCUAGAAUAAACAGCUUUAAGCUUUCAAGUCCAGAUAUAGCAUUUCAAAAUAAAUUUUUGUGAAUAUGAAUAAAUUUUAGAAGAAAAAUGUAGGUAUGAAGACGACUUAAGUUAAAAGCACUUGAUAUCGAUUUUUAUGAAGUCAAUUAAAUAAAAAUAGAUUUUGUUUUAGAAAUAUUAAAGGUGA